GGCUGUUUGUCCCGAACUUUCCUCCCUAUGCUCACAGGUGCGUGUGUUGCCGCCGGAGCAGACAUCUACGUGAUGUGGUUGACCGUGCGGUAAUAAGCGCGUCCUAGUUUUUGAUUUGUGUGAACGUUUGUGUGUCGGAUCUCCAGGAUGGCUGUUUUGAGCGCGUUUGCGCUGUCAGACCUGUGGAUUCCCGCCGCCGUCAUGGUUCUGGGAGGUUUAAUAGCGGGUAUUAGCAGGAAGUUGUCGUUGCUCGCGAACUUGCGUUUCAAGGUCGACAAAUCAACUCUUCGGAAUGGUGGCGACUUGGUAGCCGACGUGCUCAAGGCCCACGAUGUCAAAUUCCUGUUCUGCCUCAGCGGCGGUCAUAUCUCUCCCAUCUUGGUGGCAGCGGAACGCGAAGGCAUUCGCGUUGUGGACACCAGACACGAGGUUAACGCAGUCUUUGCAGCCGACGCAGUGGCAAGGAUUUCUGGAAAGAUUGGGGUGGCCGCAGUCACUGCUGGACCAGGCCUGACUAACACAGUGACUGCAGUCAAGAAUGCUCAGAUGGCCGAGUCCCCCGUGCUAUUGCUUGGCGGUGCCGCUGCAACGGCUGUCAAAGGACGAGGGGCUCUGCAAGACAUUGAUCAGCUGUCAUUGUUCAAGUCAUUGUGCAAGUUCACGGCCACUGUCACUACGGUCAGGGACAUUGUCCCCACUCUGCGGACAGCGCUGCAGAAGGCACAGUCUGACACACCAGGCCCUGUGUUUGUGGAGCUCCCAAUUGAUGUCCUCUACCCAUACUCAAUUGUGCAGUCUGAGGUUGGCUUCAAAGGAAGACCAGGCAGCCUUGGGCAGAAGCUAGUCAAACUAUACCUGGACUACUACAUGCACAAUGUCUUUGCUGGUGCAUUCCUACCGAGAGAUGUUUCACCUCUGCCUGUCAGCAUUCCCUUGGCCAGACCGUCUGAAGUCCAGCAGUGUGCGGAGAUUAUCUCGCGUGCCAAGCGACCUGUCUGCAUUGUCGGCAGCCAGGCGACAUUGCCCCCCUUACCUGUGCAAGAACUGAGGGCAGCCCUGGAGAAACUGGGCAUUCCUUGCUUCCUUGGAGGCAUGGCCCGUGGCCUGCUGGGUCGGCACAGCGAGCUCCAGAUGCGCCACUGUCGCAGGGAUGCUUUGGCCCAGGCAGAUGUGGUCAUCCUGGCAGGUUCAGUGUGUGACUUUCGUCUGUCGUACGGCCGUGUGUUGAGCCGCAAGUCAAAGAUCAUUGCUGUUAAUCGAAACAGGUCUCAACUUUACAAGAACUCGGAUGCAUUCUGGAAGCCAACGGUAGCAGUCGAGGCCGAUGUUGGAUCAUUUAUGGCUUCAUUGGUUAAAGCCCUCCCCGACUUCAAAUGCGAUCUGGCUUGGAUUCAAACACUGCGAGACAUGGACAAUGCCAAAGAAGAGAAGAACAAGGCCAUGGUAGAGGUGCCAGCUGACAAGCACUUGAGCCCAUUGAAGGUUCUUAGUGAACUGGAGGCAGCCCUGCCGGAUGACACAAUCCUGGUUGCUGAUGGUGGCGACUUCGUGGGAACAGCAUCUUACAUCCUCAGGCCGAGUGGGCCGCUGAAGUGGCUAGAUCCCGGUGCUUUUGGGACACUUGGUGUUGGUGGGGGCUUUGCCCUGGGUGCGAAGCUUUGCCAUCCCGAAGCUUUGGUGGUGAUCAUAUAUGGAGAUGGCUCUCUUGGUUACUCCAUGCUGGAGUUUGACACCUUCGUGAGGCACAAGAUUCCAGUUGUGGCUGUGGUUGGCAAUGAUGCAUGCUGGAUGCAGAUUUCGAGGGAGCAGGUCAAAAUGUUCAAGAGCAACGUCGCUUGCGGGCUGAGUUACACAGACUACCACAAGUCGGUGGAGGGCCUUGGCGCGAAGGGCAUGCUAGCGUCGCUGCCCGACAGGGACCGACUGGCCGAAAUCUUCAAGGAGGCACAGAGGCUUAACGCAGAGGGCCACAGUGUGCUCAUCAACUGCCUUAUCGGAAAAACCUCUUUCAGGGAAGGCAGUAUCUCUGUGUGAUGUCAAACGCAACUGCCCUCUUUAUGUUCCAUGGCAUCAUUGCAGAAGCCUAGGAUGCUGCUGCUACCGGUGAUCUAGUUUGGUGGAACGUUGCAAUCCGGUGGAAGAACGAUACAAUGUGUAAGCUUGCUUGAUUUGCCCACACUUCGCCGUUAGUUUCAGCAGUGCAAAAUAUGCAUGAUGACAUUAAUCUCACUCAGUGAAGGUUAUUGUGUGGAACAAGUUCACAGUAUCUUGUGCACUUACAGAGGGUGCAGGAAGUGUUAAGCUCUUCUGUUCAAGCACAGAAGUGGCACCAAACUGGUGAGAACGAGUUCGCGUAGUGUAGGGCAAAUUGACUAGACCUAACACGGGAGCUUCGCAGGGGCAAAUGCUGCAUUGGUUCUCAUCACAGGCUUGGUCUCACGCCAUGCACCAUAGCAAUGGAGGCGUCAGCCUUUUAGUUAAAAAAUAUUAUUCAUAACUUCCAUGUUGUCUUAUUAUAAAGCAGUGUCUUCUCCUUUUAUCCCAGAACUAGUAUGCUUUCUUUUCUUAAGUGGUAUUACAAGGUGAAGGGGUUGUCAUGUCUUUCUAUAGGAGCAAGGUCUGCUGAACGACAUGCAUAACAUCAGCUCUUGUAUGGUUGCAAAAUUUUUUUCAGCUUCUCUGCUCCACCUUUGCUUGUUACCUGAUAUAUAAGCUAGGCUGGACCUGUACAUUGGUGCGAUGGGUUGCACGAAAGCUUGAUCGGUGAAGCGACUGACACUGGAGUGUAGUUGCCAACCCUUCAGAAUGCCUAUCUCACCUGUGUUUGGAGAAACUUCCAACUUUUGCCUGACUACUUGCAUUACUUCCAAAGCAGUCGCAUUUUCCUUUGUGCAAAGCCAGCUCACACCUGUAAGGUGUGACUGAUUCCAACUAGACAUAUGCUAGCCAGUUUGUGCAAAUUUGCUUGUACAGCUGUGAGCAGUAUGAAGGGGAUCACUUAAUUUGUCUUCAGGCCAGAUUUACUUCUUACAUGUGGACUUACGUGUCACACAAAAUAUGCACCAAGUAACUUUCCUUUUGAAUAUUGAGUCUCAUGGAACACUCACUUAUGUUCAGCAUAGACCUUAAACUGCUGUGGCCGCUUUAAAGGAGGUUUGGGCAUUCCAUUUUGUAGUGCUCUCGGUGCACUUAAAUAAAUAUCAACAAAGUAUCAACUGCUACUGAGUGCAAGUACGGAGGGACCAGCUAGUGAUGAUUAAACGGAUCACAGCCAAAGCUAUGGGCAGCUUUUCACAUUGCAGUCUGUGGUAACAUCUAACCUACCUACAAUUUUUUUCAUUGUGGUUGGCAGUUGAUAUUUAAACAUUUGAAUUCAAAUAACUUGCCCUGUGGCAUUUUGAGGUACUUCAGUGAAAGCUUGGAAGGCCUUCCUCAUGGUAGAACUUAUGAGCCGACACACGCAACUGAUUUCAAGUGUACCUGCCUUAUCAGGUUGUUACAAGCCAUCUAAAGGGACAGCACACUUGAUGGCUUCACAAAUGAUGGAGAUUUGGUGUUCCACACAAGAACCAGUGCAAUAGAAAUUGCUUAAAUUUACAACUAUUUUUAUAUUAUAGUAUGUGUGGGGGUUCCUAUAUUCACUCUUGUGUUGUUUGUGUGACUCGUCAUGAAUGAAAGGGAUGGAGUGCUACGAUCAAGGACGAUUACAGUUAAAGAUUGCCAGAAUGUUCAAGUAUAUUUAUAAUUAUAGUACAUACUACUACUCCUCAACUCACCAUUGCGACAAUUUUCAUUUUUACAUAUUUACCAUCAGUAAAACUAAAGUAGAUAGCAGGACUAGUAAAGUUGACUUGUAACCACAUUAAUUUUUUACAGAGUUUAUGAACUUGAAGCGAAAUCACAGAGUAGACAAUGCUAAAAGUGAUAUUGCUUGAUAAAAGUAGUAGUCUGAGCAUGCUUUCUAAAUAAUAAAAAUUAUGACAUAUUGCACUUAACCCUACUUAAUGUCGGUUUUGGUGAUAUUACAACAUUCUGGUUGUAUGCUCCUAAAUCAGGGAGAAUAUGGGAAAUCAAUCUGUGAUAAUUGGGGAGAGAUGCUUACUAGAAAGGUGUAUUGGUGUGCUCCUAUCACAUUUACGGUAGUUUUAUAGCACAAACAUCAGUGCGUCACCAACAGGGUAUUUGAAACUGUAUUAGCAUAUUAUGUUGUUUCAUAAUAGCAACAACAGUGUGUCACCAACAGGGCAUAUAUGGAAAGUGAACCAGAAUGUUAAGCUGUGAAGGGUGGUUCCGCAACUGCUUUCGUGGACAACGGUGUAGUCGAUAUCAAAUGUAAAUGCAAUGCAAUGUGUGACAGAGUCCUGAAUUUGUUCUGAAAUGUAACAGUUACAAAAUAAAAGUUACAUUGCACAUA